AUGGCCGCCACAACCGAUGCACUGCAAACGGCACAAACGGGUGUCGAAGUGCGAUUAGAUGAACGGAAAAUGUACGUGGCCGAGUGGGCGGACGGCGCAGCCUUUGGCUUUACUGUUACGCCCGUUCAGUCGGAUAGGGGCACAGUCUUAUGUCUAGCACGUCGUACUUCGAGUACUGGAUUACAAGACGUUGUACCAGGUGACAUGUUGAUUGCAAUUGGAGAUACAAAAGUGUACCAUUUGGGUGCUGGAAAUGCCACGAAAUUAUUGCGGUCGGUACAGAAGCCUAUACAUUUGACAUUGCAAGUAUCUCCCUAUAAUGACACGGCGAAAGAUUUACCCAAUCUUGCACCAAAUGAGUACACGUACUUAUGGGAAUCGGGUCCUUUAGGUAUUGUACUUACCACAGAUCCAAAGAGUAAAUUACCACUUGUGAAGCGAUUUACUGGCAAGAUCGAGAAUGAAACACUGGAACGAGACGUGAGUGUGGGUGAUGAACUUGUUUAUGUCAAUGAAACACCAACAAGUGAUCAUUCAAUUAGUGCAAUUAUUACAUUUAUCAAAGAGUUACCAAAACCGAUUACAUUACGUUUUCGAAAACCUUUGGCUGAGUUACACAUGGAGUUACCCGAACUUAAGGAAGGAGAGUACGAUUUUUUAUGGGAAUAUGGAUCGUUAGGACUUGUUGUUGGUACUUCUGCAGAAGGAUUGCCAUUUGUACGAUCAUUUACGGGGAAAGGCACGUCAAAACAAUUAUCACAAGUACAAGAGAAUGAUGAGAUUAUUCUUGUGAAUAAUCGAGCAGCUCAAGAGUAUGGAUUUCAUGAAACGAUGCAGUAUAUCAUGAAUGUCCCAAAACCAGCAGUUAUUCGAUUUCGUCGACCUCUUGCAAAUCGUAUUAAAGUUGAUACUUCUCAAGAGAUUGUAUCAAGAUCUUCAAUGCCAAAUGCUCAGAUGGCUGCACUUAGUGUAACAGCUUCACCUCCUCCAAUGCGUUCAAUGAGUGCUGCAAGUGGCUCACCAUCCGUACAAAAGUAUAGUGUCAAUUCAACUGAUCAGGAGGCUACGAAUGGAUUAUUAGGGUAUCGAAGUGGACGAAGUCAAAGUUCAAUAUCAACAUUACGUCGUCAACAAUCGAGCAAAUUGCAGUUUUCUGGAAGUGAAGAUUUGACAAAUAGUCAAGUGGUGUCUAACCACCAAGUCGAAGACCAAGGAUAUUCACUUCCACCACAAUCUGUACCACAACCACAGCAGAUGCAACACUCAUCACUUCAACAAUCGUAUCAAGAACCUUCGAGCUCAUUUCAUACGGAUGUGGAAUAUUUUGAAAUUGAUUCAAAUGCGUAUUAUCAAAUCCAAUGGACUGAUGGACCCUUUGGUUUGACUGUUCGAGAGGCUCAAUCAAAACAAGGACCUUUAGUGCUCAUUACAAAACGUACAGGAAAAGCAACAUGUGCUGGAUUACGACGUGUAGCUGUGGGAGAUAUUCUAAUCAAGAUUGGCGACCAAGAUGUUCGUGAAUUGGGCUUUGAACGAUCGACUUUGUACUUACGUAAUGUACCUAAGCCGAUUGUGCUAACAUUUCAAGCAAUUGAUUAG